CAAACAACAGGCGAUGGCUUCGGCAACGGAGCAGAGCGCAACAAAAACGAUGCCGUCUUCUCGAGGAAUUGGAUCUAUUUCAGACCUUAAAAACCUCUUUCCUACAAAAACACACUUUUUGAUUUUCGUAGGGUAUAUGGCCCUAUUUAUAAGCCAAGGUAUCCUUGUGACUGCAACGAAAGACAAAAAUAACCAGUAUUCUUACAACACUGUCACCGUGGUUCUACUUGCGGAGUUCGUCAAACUCAUCAUCGCCGUCGGACUUCAACUUCAAACGUCCACCUUCGGAGAGUUCUUGCAGCAUGUCCGAUCUAAUGUCAAAGUAUUGGUACUCUAUGUCGUACCCUCUUUCAUGUACUGCCUCUAUAACAACUUGGCUUUUGUGAAUUUGGCAAACUAUGACCCAACGACAUACUUCCUCCUGCUGCAGUUUAGAGUUGUUGUAACUGGAGUUAUUUUUCAGAUAUUGUUUAGUAAGAAGCUGAGUGGGCUUCAGUGGGUAUCUUUGCUGUUAUUGACUUCUGGUUGUAUUGUCAAGCAGAUCAAAUAUGAAGAUCUCACAGCAGGAAGCAGUUCUUUCUCCAUACAAUUUGACAUUCAUCUUCUGUUAAUUCUUGUUCAAGUGUUUUGUUCCUGUUUUGCUGGUGUUUAUAAUGAGUAUUUGUUGAAGGGUAAAGGUGGUGAUGUGCCAUUUAUGGUUCAGAAUUUUUUCAUGUAUUUAGACUCAGUAUUGUGUAAUUUUGCCGUUCUUUGGUACAAUGGCACUUUGUCUGAAGCAUUUACUGCAGAAAGCUUAUCAUCCAUUGCCAGGGGUAAAGUUUUGGCCAUUAUUUUCAAUAAUGCUGGCAUUGGCAUAACCACAGCAUUGUUCCUGAAGCAACUGAAUUCUAUUCUUAAGACUUUUGCCAGUGCACUAGAAAUCAUGUUCACUGCUUUAUUAUGCUGGAUUAUUUUUGGAAUUCCAGUUGAUAUUUUCACAUUUGUUGCCAUAGCUAUUGUCUCUUAUGCAGUAAUUCUUUAUGCUCAUAAUCCUGUAGAUAAUACACCUAAGUCUACAGAUGGCAAUCAGAAAUCAAACACUAGUGUUUAGAAGCUAAUUCAUUUUUAAGAUCACACACACUUAUGAGAGGAAGGUACCCAAAGAAACAAGUUUUUUCAGGGGGUCUUAGACACCACGACAGUGUGUUACAGGACUGGUGAACCAGCUGAACCAGCUGAACUUGAACCGAAAAAGUGAGGGAAAUGUUUAAGAAAAUAAAUUCAAGGUAGAAGAACUUUAAGCCAGAGAUGACAGUUAGGUUUCUCCCAAGUUUCGAAGUGAACAGAUGAUGCUUAACCCUUUGAACCCUAAGAAUGACCAGCAUCUCAUUUCUCCUUACAAUAUCACCCCUGAAUCACACAUGUAGGUCACGAGAAUAAAGCAAAUGAUCACCAACUAAAGAAGCACUUGAUUGUCAAAGAAAUUCUCCUUUUCAGCUCCCUAGGAAAUGUAUGGAAAAUAGUAUGGAGAAUAUGCUUACUGCUGUUGAGGGUGUAAAGGGUAAAAGGAAGACUGGUUAGAAUUUAGUGUAUCAGAUUUAAUGUAAAGUGUUCCUAGCCACAUCUUUAGUUGAAGUAACUGAUGAAGUUUGCCAGCUACUGACACAUAGACAAAAGUGUUUUACCUUGGUGUAUUAACUUUUAUUAAAAACUGGAUC